CAACAACAACAACAACGUCAACGACGAUCAAACAAAUCAAAUUUUUGGUCACGUUCAAAAAGUUUGAAAAAUAUACAACAACAACAAGAACGAUUACAACCUGGCAACAAACAAUCAACAUCAAUAAUGUCAUCAAGUAUAAGAAGUUUACAACGUAUUGGUUCAUUUAGAGGUCGAUUUAUUUCAUCAAAAAAUAAAUUGAAUAAACGUAAUGAAUAUGAUGAUGAUAAUGACGAUGAUGAUGAUGAUAUCGAUCAUGAUGAUGAUAAUAAUGAUGAUAUUGAUCCAAUAGUUGGUAGAAAAUCAACAUUUUGUCGUUAUACAGAAAUAUAUCGUCGUAUUAUUUUGAAUGAUAAUCUGGAUUUACUUGUACGGCCAAAAAAUCAACAUCCAAAAAUAAUAAAAAAUAGUCGAAAACGUUCAAAUGAAACAACAUUUGUAACAAAAAAUUGUUCCGGUUGUAAUGAAAUGGGUUCAGUAUUGAUAAUCGGUUCAAUUAAUGAUCUUUUAUUUCAUAAUUUAAUUGGUUAUCUAAAAAAUUCAAAUGAACGUUUAGAAAAAUUAACCAUUCAAUUGGAUGGUACAAAUAUUAUUGAUGAUUCAUUACGUUCAUUUGAAUUGUUUAGUAAAUCUGUUGGUAAUAAUAUACGAUCAAUACGAUUAGUUGCCGAUUAUAAAGAUCUUUCUACAGCAUUUAUGUUCAACAAUUCAAUAAGUACCACCUUAUUACAAAUGCUUUAUCUGAAUAAUGGUUAUUUUACAAAUCUAGUCGAAUUUGAAGUAUUACUUAGUGAUAAUGCUAUAUUGCAUUAUUUUGAAAAGUUUUGGUGUGAAUUUGGUAAUACGAUUCAACGAUUAACAAUAAAAAUUCGUCAUGAUUUACAUAAAUUUAAUGAAUUCGCUUUGAAUAUAUUAAAGUUAUUAUUACCACCCGAACGAUUGAAUGAUAAUGAUGAAGAAAAUCGUGAACGAAUUCGUUCUAUUCAUUUUGAAUUGAUACCAAUAUCAAAUCAGGCAAUUACAAACAAAAAAAUUGAUUUGAAUCAAGUUUUACAUGCAAUUGGUUGUUUAUCACGUGUAUUUCGUACUGUUAUCACAAAUGUUAAUUUGGUUGUUGAUAUUAAUUUUGUUCGUCAACCAUUACAUUUGAUUGAAUGUUUAGCUGAAUUUAAAUUGGCCGAAACAUUUCAACUAACCAUUCAUGAUAAUCCAAAUCGAUUGAAUUUUGCAACAAAUAAAAAUCGAUCAACAACGGCCACUAAAUUACAAUUAAAUUUUGAAAUAUUAUCUACAAUCAAAAAUCUUCAUCAUUUUUAUAUUGAUUAUUCUGGCUUGACCAAUGAUGAUGUUGAAACAUUAUCACGUCAUUGUUCAAAUUUACAAAGUCUUUAUAUUGGCUGUGAUAAACGUAUCGAAAAACAGGCAAUCUAUUCAAUUGGAAAAUAUUUAGGUCGUUUACAAACAUUAUCGAUUGCACCGGCAUUCAAUUAUGAAUAUGAACGUUAUGGUCUUAAUAUUAAUAAUGAAGCAUUAAUACAGUUAUUCACUCAUAUACAAAUGGGAUCACCUAUUGAAUUAUCUCGUGGAUUAGCAUUUUUACGUACAUUACGUUUGGUUAAUUGUCGUAUACGAAUUGAUAAAAUUCAACAUCAAGUUUCAUUUGAAUAUCCUAAACAACCAGAAACAAAAUCACAAGAUCUAAUUCAAUAUCUUCGUAAUGUAGGUGCAUCAUUACCAACAAAUGAAAAAUUUACAUUAAUUUUGGAAAAUAAUCGUUAUCCAUUACCGGAGGAAAAAUCUUUUCAUAAAGAAUUCAAUAUACCAACAAAUAUUAAAGUUUUUUGGUAUUAUCGAAAAUUGAAACAUGAAACACGAAUUUGAAUAAACGAAUUGCAAACAAACGAUUCCAGUCCAAUCAACCGAUUACCACCGAAUCAAUCAACCAUUUUUUUGUCUUCAAAAAUAUUUAUUUAUUCUGUUUUAACCUUUUUUUUUGUUUGUUUGUUUCUUUCUUCUAACCCCUUUGUU